AUGCUUAGUCAUGUAUCAUUAGGAGGCCUUGGUGAUAGUUUUUAUGAAUAUUUGCUGAAAGCGUAUAUACAAUCUAAUGGUAAAGAUUUAAUUGCACGUGACAUGUUUGAUGAUGCCAUGGCAAGUGUGAUGGAUAACCUAGUACAAACAUCUUCUACUGGACUAACUUAUUUAGCUGACAUGCGUUUUGAUCGACUUGAACAUAAAAUGGACCACUUAUCAUGUUUUGCAGGUGGAAUGUUUGCACUUGCUGGUGAAACUCUUGGCAGCGAUGCAUCUAAACACUAUACUGAUCUUGGAGCUAGUUUAACAGAAACAUGUCAUGCAGCUUAUGAUAAAACUGCUACAAAAUUAGGGCCUGAAGCUUUUAGAUUUACAGAUAAUUAUGAAGCAGUCGCAGUACGUGGUACUGAAAAAUAUAAUAUUCUUCGGCCUGAAACAGUUGARUCAUAUUUUGUUUUAUGGCGAUUAACUCAUGACAAUAAAUAUCGAGAAUGGGGAUGGGAGGCCGUACAAGCUUUUGAAAAACACUGUAGAGUAUCAGGUGGAUACAGUGGAAUUAAAGAUGUUUAUCAAAUAGAUUCAAUUAAAGAUGAUGUUCAGCAGAGUUACUUUUUUGCAGAAACUCUCAAAUAUUUAUACCUAUUAUUCAGUGAUGAUAACCUAAUUCCAUUGGAUAAAUGGGUAUUYAAUUCAGAAGCUCAUCCACUUCCUGUUAAAGGACGUAAUUCUCAAUAUAGAAUGCAUCAAUGAGUUGUAUAAUUGUCGUGAUUUAUAUGUUUGGAAUGUCGAGAACUUUGUUUAUGCAUUUUUAUUGUAUGUUAAACAUUUUGAAAGGUAAAUUAAUUUUUGAAAUUCGUUGACAUAUAUUAGGUAAUUAUGUUUUCUAUCUUUAUUUUUUAUUAAAAUUUAAAAUAUGUAUUAAUAUACUAUGGAUAACCUGCUGCAUAUUAGUAUACAGAGUURAUAACAUUUAAUGUUUCACAAACAUGAAUAUUCUAUCUGUUAGUUUGUAAACAAUCACCAUUAUAUUUUAUGGAAUGUACAAUUUGAAUAACUUAGUAUAUUUAAUACAUAUU